CCUACACUCUGCAAUCUUCGGUAUUCAGUCGUCUGUGGCCUUGCCUCGCCAACGGUUGUGUUGUUGGCUACCGCUCUGUCCGAUUUUACUGCCAUUACCGCUCUGCCCGCUUGUCACGCUCUACGUUGCUAGUGAGUUUAGCUGAGCUGAACGACCGACUGCAAAUUGUGAAUAUAUACAUUUAGAUACCACGAUGUCUUGGCUGGUGCUGCUGCUAAUCUUGUACGUGAUCUGGGAUGUAAACUACUUUAUCCGCUGUGUGUUCACAGUGUUCGCUGGUCGGCUGUUUCAGCGUAAGCGCAAGGUCACGGACACCACAACGAUCUAUGGGUUAUGCACCUCGCAGGAUGUGGACAUCUUUAUCCGACACAUGAAUAAUGCCCGUUAUCUGCGUGAAUUGGACUUUGCCCGUUUUCAUUUCUACGCCCUCACCGGGCUUUAUGAACGGAUUCGUGACCGACGUGGUGGGGCUGUCCAGGGUGCCAGUAGUGUCCGAUACCGCCGCACCAUCCCCAUCUUCCAUCCGUACAAGAUCCAGACCAAAUUGAUCUGGUGGGACGACAAGGCCAUCUACCUGGAGCAGCAAUUCAUCACCCUUUCAGACGGCUUUGUGCGAGCGGUGGCCAUGUCCAAGCAGAACAUCACCAACUGUAAUGUGCUGGAGGUCCUCAAGACCUACCCGGAAACUGCCCAGCGACCAGAAAAACCAGAGGAACUCAAGCUCUGGCUGGAUGCCAUAGAAUUGUCCAGUCAGAAGCUGCGAAAGGACAAGUGAAGUUAACUCAGCUGAAGCACAAAUCUUGCCUCAUUUCCUUAGUAAAGUAAUUUUUUUUUUAGUGGAAUGGCUAAAGCUUUUUAAAUAUAGUUUUUUAUAAACAACA